CACACCAGAACUUGAAGAAGUAACGAUAAAUCAGAGCAAAGUAAAAAUUUCAAUUUCCGCUGAAUUUAGGGUUUCUCCUUUGACAAAAUUCUGAAAUUCGUGGUCAAUUGCAGAGUGUGUGGAAGCUUUUUUAGGACGGGGAGAGAGAAUGGAAGGUCCGAGCAAUGGUGGAAUGCUGUACCACGAAGUCCAAGAAGCAAAGCUCUGCGCUGUGCAUUGCGUCAAUACUGUAUUACAGGGCCCUUUUUUCUCGGAGUUCGAUUUGGCCGCACUCGCUUCCGAUCUUGACCGGACGGAGCGGCAGAUGAUGACGCAAAAUAGCGUUGGUGCGGGUGAUUUCGGGUCUGCAGAGUCCCACAAUGUCUCAUUGGGUGGCGAUUUUAGCAUCCAGGUCUUGCAGAAAGCCUUGGAAGUGUGGGAUUUGCAGGUUAUACCUUUAGAUUCGCCAGUGGCGGAACCAGCUCAGGUUGAUCCUGAGCUGGAAAAUGCCUUCAUAUGCCAUUUGCAGGAUCACUGGUUUUCAAUAAGAAAGGUGAAUGGGGAGUGGUAUAAUUUUGAUAGCUUAUAUGCAGCUCCAGAGCACCUUUCCAAGUUCUACCUAUCUGCUUAUCUGGACUCACUAAAAGGUGCUGGAUGGAGUAUCUUCCUUGUGAGGGGAAACUUCCCAAAGGAGUGUCCUCUUUCAUCGGAAGCUUCCAAUGGUUUUGGUGAGUGGCUAACUGCUGAAGAUUGUGUUAGGAUAUUAAAAGCCUGCAACUCAAAGGGUGAAUCCUCACGUGCCGUUGAUCCAGUUAGGAGGGAGCCUUCUGAUCAAUUCCCAUCACUUUCAGACGCACAACUUCUUGCAAUGGAGGAUGAAGAUCUAAAAGCUGCUAUAGCUGCCAGUUUGAUGGAUUCUACACCUUCCAUACCCAACUCAGAUUCAAGUGACCCUUCUACUGAGAAAUCAAGUUGAGUCCUGUUGUUCAGUAAGAUAUAGUUGUACUCCGUUGUAUGUCUUUCAAUAGGAUGCAUGAACUCCUUCGUGCAUCAAAUAUACGUAUCGUGGGAUUCCUUCAUAUCUUACUGAACAAUAUAUGUUGCAUAAACUAUUCUGCCACUGAUUAAUAACCUUUAAAGGAUUUCGGUUGAAAGGUAGAAAUUCAAACUUUCCCCCUUUCCCUUCCUGGUGUAACAUAAUGUAAUUUCCUGCGUGUACGGUACAUUUGUUUUUAUUACAACGUUCUUUUUUAAUUGAAA